AUGACCCGGAGACACCCUGUUAGGCUUCUGUUUUUUGUCAGUUUGGCAUUACACAUCAUCCACUUGGGAGACAACAGCGCUCUCUGGGGGAGUCACCGCGAAGGGCCAGGAGGCAGCGGACGCCAACACCCAGGUGUCCCCCCAACAGGCGCGCCCCCGCCGCUGCGCUGCUGCAGGAAUGGCGGCACCUGCGUCCUGGGCAGCUUCUGCGUAUGCCCCGCCCACUUCACCGGCCGUUACUGCGAGCACGACCAGAGGCAGAGGGAAUGCGGCGCCCUGAUACACGGAGCUUGGACCUUCCACCGCUGCCGCCUUUGCAGGUGUGUGUUCGCAGCUCUGCACUGUCUCCCCCAGCAGACGCCUGGCAGCUGCGACCUGGAAGAUUUUGUCGCCGCGCGCUCCAAUGGACUGAGUGCACAACGCAUGCUGAGUGUCCUCUUCCUUCUUCCGUGCUUGCUCUUCCAAAGCCUCCUCAGGGAAGGGGGAGACUGCCGACCAGACCCUAGUUGACCGAACCAGACUGCUGACCGAACCCACAGUUCCACACCGGCAGAGCCUUGGCAUCCCCGCGCAGCCUGAGCCAGCGUGGUCCUCUGUGGGAAAGCCGGGACUUGGGCAGCCUCUCA